UCUGUUGCUAGAAACGCUCGGGAGCAGCGCUGUCUGUUCGCGCAUGCGCUCUGCGCUACUGUGUGGCGCUCGAGUCAAGUAGGUAUCAGCAAGUGACACCGAACGCAGGUGCCUAGUGCAUUCAUAGCGUUCUACAUGACAGGAGCGGUAGAAACGUCAACAUGUUUGUCGAUUUGGCUGCCCGCGAGAGGGGCGCUCUACUCGCCGAAUCCCAACCCUGCUUAAUACCAGGGUACACCGGGCACUGCCCCACCCUCAAGUUCCGCUUCGGCAAGCGCUACGGAGCCAACACCAAGGACAUCAUAAAGGAGAUGAAGGAGAAGGGCGUCUCGCUGAGGCACGCUCCGUACCACCAGCGGGAGCCCGCGAGCCUGCAGAACGGCACCAACGGCCGCCACAGCCCGAGCCCCGGCCCGGAAGCCACAGGCGCCGGGGUCCGCGAGCAGGGCCAGACGCGGGACCUGGCGCUGGACGUCAAGCACCGGCCGCGCCGCUACAUCCUCGGCUACACAGGCUACAUCCCGGGCAUGCACUUCCGGUACGGGACGUCGUUUCGGCGCGCGGCGGACGACAGCGUGACGGAGUUCUCGAGGCGGCUGGCGCAGGAGGCGGCGCGCCGCGAGAGGGACCGCGCGCACCGGUCGCGCAGCGCCCCCAAGGCGCCCUGCAUCCGCUCCAGGGACGAGGUGCGCGCCGCCAUUCGCCAGUACGAAGCCGACCACAAGUACAAAGAUCAUCACAUCUCACCAGAGUUCCCACCAAUUGCUGGUUACACUGGCCACAUACCGCGUCUACGUGUCACAGACGCAUCUCUGAGUCUGCGCUAUGAAAUGGCAGCACGCCAAGGAUUGGCACUACUGCAGCAGGAACGCGAGAGAGCACGCCAGGAAGCCGCAGAGCGGUGCACCACACCAGCAAUGUGAUGUACUGAAGCUAGUGUCUAGUAACUGACACCGGCUGCAAUCACAACACUUCAAUCAUCUACUUUUUUUCUGUUUGCCUAGAGAUCUUCUGAAGCGGAAGCCCCCAACCCCUUCCAAACAGCUAGUCGAGACACAAGACCUCUUGUUAAUCAGAGAAACAUCAGUAAUAAGUAUUUUAACAGUAACUGGUUUUACUAUUUUCUUGGUAUGAACAUAAAGUAUAGUAUUUAUUUUUAAACACGUGUUAGUCUAUGAUUUACUACCUGACUGCCUAUCAGAUUGAUGCUGAUCACAAAUUUCAAAAAUACUGUUUUAGCAAUCUUUUACUAACCAUGUUAACAUCCAUAAUUUUUAAACCAGCUUAAAUUUGUGUUUCAAAAUGAAUUGUGAACACACUAUGAAGUUGCCACAGACUGGUACAGACUUGCUUGCCCCAAUCAGCUCAAUCAAAUGUAGAUGUAUGAAAUUUCAGCUUAGUGGCUUAUGCAAGCACUAAAAUGCAAAUCUUGUCAACUGUAUUUUCUGCAGAAAAAAUGUUUUUCAUACAAAGUGUUAAAAAAUGGCUAUUAGUUUCUUGACGUAAUAUGCUCAGAAGCAACAAUCGGGUAGGCAGUAGCAGUACUAGUAAUGGCUUCAUAUAUGUUAAUGGCCACACUGCACCAUGUUUCAUUAACAUUGUAUACCAUUUUUUUUAUCUUCAGAAUGACGAGAACCAAUUCUCAAAGCAGAUGCACAAAACUUCAUACAUAUCAUUAGCCAUUUGACAAUGUGAUGCAUUCUUCAUUCAUCAUUAUGUAUCUCAUUAAUCUAUUAGUUAUUAAAUACUGCUGGUUAAGUAUUAACAAUGUAAUAUAUUGUGAAUAUUAUGUCUGUUGUGAUUGCUGUAACAAAAAUAAGGCAUCUUAAAUCCUACUGCUGAACUCCUGAAGAGAGCUAUAGAGCUAACAUAAUCAGACAGAACUUUCAUAUGCUUUCCAUCUAGUACAUUCUUCAGCAGCCUAAACUGUAAUGAGGAACAGUGUCAAACAGUAUUGCUACCACUCACUCUGUGUGUGCAUCCCCCAUGUGUUUGUGGUUUUAACUACUUUAUUACUGUAUAAUACACACACAUUAUUAAUGUUGAUUUACCAUUCAAUGAACACGCUGUUAUCCAUUAAAAACCUCACAUGGGAGCUAUAAUUUUCCAUUAAGAGAAUUUCUAUAGGCUUGUUUAUACAGUAACAUUAUUUCUUUUGACAUUUAACUAUCUAUAUUUCUUGUGAAGACAUUGACAUGGCUGUACCAUAUGGAACAUAUUCACAUUUGUUCGCACGGAUUAUAAACAACAAAAAUAUUAAUCUGUGAAAGAAUGAGUUACAUAUUUUUGCCUGUUUUCAUUUAUAAAUUAAACAUGAAUCUUGUAGUCCACUUGUCACAACACAAGAAUAACUCAUAACUGUUGAACACAAUUAGUUGUUGAAUUGGAGGAUAUUCACAGUGACAAAUGUGCUUUGUCUGCUUUAAAAUUAAUAAAGCAAAAUAACAAAGCACAACUGGAGGAUGAAGAAUAACUCGUGUAGCACUUCAGGACAAGCACUAGGUAUAUAUGCAAAAUAAUACCAUUUUAAAACACUGUGUAAAGUAGGAUUAAUUAGACAUACUGCUAGCAACUGGCCAUGACUGCCCAGAGGCUAUAGUUCAAAACAUAACUGUGGUUAAUGAGGUGUGAUGGUUUGUGUGUGGCAAUUAGAACUUAUUGUUAUUCUCUCUAAUACUGAGGUUAAGUAAAUAAGGUUUUUAAAAAAGUCAGUACAAAAUUUAGAGUAAUAUGGUCAUAAUAUUUUUUUAUAUUAAACCAAGGCUGUUUUCUGUCAUGUCAGACUUGAAUUAUGAAGGAAUGAUUUCCACCAAAUUUUAAUGCCACAUAAACAUAUUUAAUAUAUAAUCAAUGGUGCCUCUUUUUAUGUAAUACAUUUGUAUAAGGGAGAUAAUUAAAUAAUCGGUAAUUUAUUUGCUUUGUUCUUUAUUAUGUUUAUUAAAGCAAAACAUUGAAUGAAGAAAUUUCCUGUUUUCUUGUAUUCAUUUCAGUGCAGUUAUAGAUUUUCAGUGACUGGUCUCAUGCAAUAAUAGUGCACAUAAAUCACAAGGAAGUUGAAAAGAGCUAUAUAUCCUGACUUUGGCUCCUGUAACAGUGUUUUAUCACUACCACAUUUAACUCGUAUAGAAAAAGCAGGAAGGCUCGUUCAGUUAAUUCAACUAUACAAAAGUUCAUGAGAACGUUCUUUUAUAUAGAAAUCUCCAUUUCAUUUUGGAAAUGGGGUCUUAUGUGGUUUUUCAAUGAAUAGUACAGGGCGUUUAUAAAUGAAUAUCAGGGUUUAAAUGGUUUAUAAUAUUUAUUAUAUUAAACUUAGUUAUAAAUGAUAUGCAAAAUGAAAGAACAACUCACCGGUUUACCAAGAACCUUAUAAAUGUUCAAUGUGAGCACCAUUUGUCACACGACACACAUCAAGUCUAUAGUUAAGUUCUUUCCAAAUGUUGAUAAGUGUGUCUCCAGUGAUUGUAGCAACAGCUGCUUCAAUCCGGUUUCUUAAUUCAGGGAGGUCUGCUGGUAGCAGAGGCACAUGCACAUGAUCCUUGAUGAAGCCCCAAAGGUAAAAAUCACACGGCAUUAGGUUGGGUGAACAUGGAGGCCACACAAAGCAAACCUUGUCAUUGGGCUCCUUGCGGCCUGUCCAGCACUUGGGUAAAGUGAAGUUCAACCAAUUGCGUACUUCACUAUGCCAGUGAGGUGGCGCACCAUCUUGCUGGAAAAUUAAGUUCUCUGGCUAAUCUUCUUCCAAAUGAGGGAAGAUCCAUUGCUCUAAUGUAUAAAGGUAAGAAGUGCCAGUUACAGUAGGUUCACCAAAAAAGAAAGGCCCAUAAACUUUCCUCCGGGAUACGGCACAGAAAACAGUCACUUUAGAGGAAUCGUGUUGCAUUUGUACCAUCUCGUGAAGAUUUUCAGAGCCCCAGACAUGCACAUUGUGAGUGUUAACAUGUCCACUAAGGUGAAAGGUCAAUUCAUCACUGAAGACAACAUGAUCCAGAAAAUCUUCGUCGUCAUGAAACAACAUUUCAUUUGAAGUUGGCACGUAAUCCAUGAUCUGCUGGCUUUAGAGCCUGUAAUAACUGUAAAUGGUAAAGAUGUAGCUGUAUGCAUUUUCUUAAAACUCUGAGAACAGUCUACAUGGGAACUAACAUUCCAGACUGAUUUCUUUGGUCUAAGAUGAAUGACUCUCUCUUGCUCAACAGUCUCUUCACUAACUCUUGGUCAUCAUGUGCUCAUCCCUUUACAAAGGCAGCCAGUAUCUUCAAAUUGAUGAUACCAUCUACAAAUGUUAUCACUUGGAGGAUCACAACUGAAUUUCAGCUGAAAUGAACGUUGCACAGUAACUAAAGAUUCAGUAUUUGCAAACUACAAAACACAAAACGCUUUAUGUUCACUAGUCGCCAUCGUUGCUACUACCGCUGUCUAGUGGAUUGCAGAAACAUUGCAUGCUGUGCAUGCGCACUGGUGCCUGUUUGAAUUGCUCUUUCAUUUGACAUAUCAUUUAUAACUGUAAGUUCAAUGCAAUAAAUAUUAUAAAGCUUUAAAAUCCUGAUAGUCAUUUGUAAACGCCCUGUAUAACAUCAUCUGUAGAACUGCUAUUUCUACAUUACAUUUAUUUAAUUAAUUAGCAGAGGAUUUCAGUAGACAUAAUAUAACAAGUAAGUACUUUUUGUACUAAAAUUUUUGGGGGAGUGACAUGGGUCACUCAUUGAUAUGUUCUUAUCCAUUCAGUACCAGAUGAAUAACAAAAUCUUUACUGCAACUGUGAUUAACAUAUAGAUGCAGGAUAGGCAUCAGUUGCUAUUAAUCGUAAUAGAAUACACAUCAUAUUAUAGAUGGAAAUCAUUUUCAACAGUUUACAUUCCAUCUGACAAAUGUAAAUCUGUAUUUUUAUUAAUUUUGUCUUCUCAAGAUUUUAUACUUAAUGUAAAAUCCUGACAUGAAGAUACUAUAUAUAAUUCCCAAUGAACACAUUUCUGCAGUACAUUCUUUCCUCUUUCAGUACAAUAAUUCUUGCAGGUAAGAAAAGUACUACUUCAUAUAAAAAAAUAUAGAAACGUCAAAGGUUAUAAACAAAUCAUUUGUGCCCAAGAAUGAAAUUUGGAAUGAGCAUCAUCAUUCCUUUCCUUUAAGUUUGAAGACAGUAUCACUUCAUCUCAAUGGGAGAUGUUAUCCCAACCUUAGCAAAUGAUCAAAAUAUCUGCUCAUUAAUCCAACAAAAGGGAUGAUAAAAACUGUCAUUAAAAUAGUGACAAUCAGUUUUAUGAUAAUCAAAUAACCAUCUUUUCAAUGAUAUUCAGUUGAACUUCCAGCAUGCUGGAGUAGCUUGGGUCAGCAAAUCCUGAUAAUCAGUAGAAUGAAAAACCACCCCAAGAAUGCAAGUUUUUACAUUUUAUUCAUUUGAUGACUAGUUUCAGUUAGAGACCCAUUUUCAAGUCGUCAUAACAAAGUCAAAAGUGGCAGCUCCGAAGAUGUCAAAAAUGUGGAAUGAACAUAUUGUACAUUUUCAGAAAUUCUUUUUUUGGCUUUGUUAUGAUGAUUUGAAAAUGGAUUUUGGAUCAAAACUAGUCAUUGAAUGAAUAAAAAGUAAAAAUUUGCAUCUUGGACUGGUGUUUUGUUCUAUUGAUACUGAGUUGAAACAGCAACAGUAACAAAAAAAUUCAGAUAUUAACAGUCCAGUAUGCUGCUUAUUAAAUGAUCUUAAUCAAUUAUAUGAAAGCAAUGGAGAAGUACACAAUAUGAACAUGUUAAGUAAAACACCGCACACUCUACUCCAUUUACAUGCGAGCACUUUUAAAGCUAAAAGCCUACUUCAUUUAGGUUUGAACCUACAGGCAGGUGUGAAGAUGCCAUUCAAACUGUUCUGUGUUUUUACUGUGCUAUUUAAGUACAUUAUAUUUGUCAUUCUCUGAAUAUUUAGCAGAAACUUCAGGGUUGUUAGGCACUGCAGACUAUUGUUAUGCACUACUUAAGCCCCACUUACGGCAAAUGCCAUCAGAUUCUCUAGUCACAAGAAUCCAAAGCCUUUUAAAAUAACAUACUUUAGUAUCACAGCACUGCAGAGCUUUAUUUCAUACACUUGAAUGCAACAGUUGUGGUUUUGGGAGUGCAGUACUUUACUAUAAUAGGAUAUGCAUACUGCAUGUAAAAAUUGGAAUGAACACAAUACAGCUUGAGAUGGAAGAAUGAACUCACUUAUUCAUAAGUAAACUGCAGUUAGAAUAGCAAGCAAAUAAAUGAGUGGGUAUGUCAGUGAGUUCAAGCCUCACAUGUUGAAAAAUAUAACAACAAAAUAUAUUAAACUCUCAACUGAUAUAAAACUACGGAAUUGCUGCUAAAGGAUGUACCAUUGUCCAAAAACUACACAGCUUUUGCAGUUAAACUGUGAUAUAAAUUGGUUUCAUCUCACUUUAGAAACAUGUGUAGUUUUAUAUUCAUCUGAAUCGACAGUGUAAGACUACCUUACAACUUAUACUGAGCUGUACAGAUAUUUCAGUUAUCUAGCUCAGGAGUUCGUAAUCUCUUGGGGUAAGUUUAAUUUUAAGUACUAUUGUGACAUGAAACAUUAUAAGAGAUCUGAAUGAGAGUUAGUCUUGGCCACAAAAGCUAUUCACCUGGAAUUCUUUGAUGGGGUAAAUUGUUAUCUAUGUACUGCAAAAAUAACACCUAGUAAGUUUCUAAAUAUUCCUGCUGUCGGAAUAUUGAAGAGGCAAACUGGGAAAACAUCUCUCUCUCUCUCUCUCUCUCUCUCUCUCUCUCUCUCUCUCUCUCUCUCUCUCUCUCUCUCUCUCUGUGUGUGUGUGUGUGUGUGUGUGUGUGUGUGUGUGUGUGUGUGUGGAACAGGUGACUGUGCAUACCAGCUUUGCUCUUAUUUCAGUGAAUUUUCUUUUUUAAAUUUCAUGUUUAGGUAGCAAAUAACAGCAGUACACAUACAUGAAAAUACUUCUUAAUAAUUAAUGUUCACUAUUAUGCUCCAUGAUCUGAAUACAGCCUUGUCUAAAUAACAGAGUAAUUAUUUGAUCCUUGUAAUUGUUUUCUCCCACUUUUACCUUACCUGCAGUAUUGUUUCCUGUACAACAAAGCAAAAUAUUUAAAAGACCAUAAGUGGCAAAUUUUAUUAUAUGAUUGGUGUUUUGUAUGUUAAAACACAUUCUAACCAGAAAAAAAUGUGAGGUGCAAAAGUGUACAGUAAAAGUUAGUUUUGGUAUAAUAGACUCUUUGAAGGAAAUAGAGUAUUUAUUGACAUAUGGCAAAGUGGCACAGAAAAACAGCAUUGGUAAAUUUGUGAAACAUGUAUAAAAAAUCAACAAUAAAUAUAACCAAAAGUA